AUGCCAGACGAGUCUCUGGGUUUACAGGAAAAGGAGCGAGGGCCUGGAGCAGGAGGGGGAAGAGGAGGAGGAGGAGGAAGAGGAGAGGCGUCCCAGGUGGUGCCUGACAUCGUGAUCCUCUCCGGCAAAGACGGCGAGGGUAAAAUCACAGGAGGAGGCGGUGGUAUCAUUGAACUCGACGUCUUCAGUCACACCUCGGCAGAUUCGCGGCAAACAACAGGAAAGGGUGACGUCAACAUUUCGCAAUCGGGACCGGGUGAAUCUCAGGUCGCUGUGGAGGUAGGUGUGGCGAAAACAGCUCAGACCCCAAAACCUCUUAAGGUCAAUUCUUUGCUGAAGGGAACAGGUGUGCCCCAGCAGUCUGAAGAUGACGAUGAUGAUGAUGAUGAUGAUGAUGAUGAAGCUGCCCAGGUAAAAUCAUCCUCUAACAGGCUACAAACUGACAGUCAUACCUCGUGUCAUAUUAACGGCUGCAGCCACUCGGACAACAGCGGCUCCAAAUCCAGACCUGAUUAUGUCUGCACUAGUUUCAGCGACGACGUCUGUGACGGAGAUUUGAACGAUAUCGAUGAAAGCUCCUUGGAAAAGACGCACCGUAUCCGUCCCGUCAACCUCUCGGAGCCCAGUUUAGAAACCUCCCAGUCUAACAAAACCAUUAAAAGUUGUCCAGACGACGUGAGACGAGACUCAAAUGUUAAACUGAACUCAGAGGAGUCGCCUGGAGGCAGGUCGCACUCGCUCACGGAUGUUUCGUACGUCUCCCAAACGGGCGACAGCAUAAAUGAGGAAUGGGACGAGGAAGGGGAGGAGGAAGAGGAGGAAGAGGAGGACGAGGACAAGCGGAGCAACCGGUCCCAGCGUAGCGUGAUGGAGGACGUGUGCUGCUGCUUUCAGGCGGUCCACAGGGCGUUCCUGCAGUGCGUGGAGGAGACGCCGGCCAUGCUGUCUGGGCUGGUGCUGUCUCUGGCCUUCUGUGUGGCCAUCAUCGUCCUGCUCUGCACCAUGGGAGAGAAACUCCACGUAGACGCUCUGUCGGUGUUGUGUGUGGUUCUGUGUCUGAGCGCCGCCCUGCUGGUCAGCCUGCCCUGGCUGCCCACCAUGAGGCGCUGCGGAGGAGCCCUGGCCCUCUUCGUCUGGGGGACGCUCUACAUCACCGCCAUAGUCUUCAUCUUCUCAGAAGGUCCCGUCUCAACGUGGGAGCAGGUAGCGUUCUUCCUCUUCCUCUCUGUGAGCGUGUACACGGUGCUGCCUCUGUCUCUGGCCUGGGCCUUCAUGGUCGGGAUAGGCACCAGCGUAUCGCACAUCGUCAUCAUCAGCGUCUACGUUUCCGUAACGACCCCGAAGACACCAAACCUGGCUGUGCAGCUGGUGGCCAACGCUCUGCUGUUCGUGUGCGUGAACUGCGUUGGGAUUUUCCACCUGUGGACGACCGAGCACGACCUCCGAAUAUCCAACCAGAAGAGAGAGGAGUUCAGCGCCAUUCGCUCCCAGAAGGAAAUAAGAAAAUAUCAGCAGGAGCAGCUCCUCCUGUCUGUGUUGCCACGGUGCAUCGCCGUGAAGCUGAAAAAGGAGGUGAUAAAGAGGCUGUCCAAGCCCAAGAGCGAUAAGGAGAAUGAGCACAACUUCCAUAACUUCCACAGCCUGUACAUCCAGCAGCACAAGGACGUCAGCAUCCUAUAUGCAGACAUCGUGGGCUUCACAAAGCUAGCGAGCACCUGCUCCCCUGAGGAGCUCGUCGCUGUGCUCAACAAGCUCUUUGGCAGGUUUGACAACAUCGCAAAGAAGAAUGGAUGUCUUCGCAUUAAAAUCUUGGGCGACUGCUACUACUGUGUGUCCGGUCUUCCCGACCCAAUCCCGGCACACGCCAGGAACUGUGUCCAGAUGGGGCUCGACAUGUGCACUGCCAUCAGUAAACUGCGAGAUGCGACGGGGGUUGAGAUCAGCAUGCGGGUCGGCGUUCACACUGGCAACGUGCUCUGUGGCGUGAUCGGCCUGCAGAAGUGGCAAUACGACGUGUGGUCACAUGACGUUACGUUAGCCAACCACAUGGAGUCUGGAGGCCUUCCCGGUCGAGUCCACAUCACAGAGGAGACGUUGCAACACUUGGAUGGAGCGUACCAAGUGGAGGAAGGAGACGGGGGGAGUCGGGAUCCUCUUCUUAAAGGGAGAAAAACCUACCUGGUGAUUGACCCACAAAAGCCGGACGGUUUUUCCAGGAGACAGAAUCUCACAUCCGGUGAGAGCAGGCAGCGUGCGUCUGUCCGUAUGUCUCAGUACCUGCAGUCCUGGCAGACCAUCCACCCCUUCGCCGACCUGAGCAAUCCCGAAGCCAAGAAGAGGCCGUCCAAGAAGAAAGUCAACCCCUACAACGUCAUCACGAAUCCAUCACAUUUGGUGGUGGAUAACGGUGUUCGGGGAUCGCUUGACACGUUGGAGACGGCAGGGAAGAGAGUAAAGAAGCUCAACUGUUUGACUCUGCUGUUCAACGACCUGAGCCUGGAGAAGAAGUUUCGGCUCUCAGAGGUGAAAGGUUUACACCAGUCGAUGAGCUGCAUCGCUCUGAUCUUCGUGACUGUUUUCGCCGUCCAGAUGCUCGUUUCAGACAAGAACUUUGAAAUGGCAGUGUCCUACGGCACAACGUUUCCAGUGCUGGUGCUGCUGCUGUCCAUCGUCUUUACUGGAUACUUGGAGAAAUGGCGUUCGAAGAUGCCGCUGAGUGUCCAGUGGAUAUCGAGCCUGUCUCGUGGCGUCUCCACCAGGGCGGCGCUGCGGCUGUUUGUGGUCUCGCUGUGCGUGCUCAUCACUUUGCUCAUGGCCGUCCUCAACCUCUAUUUCCUCCCAGGAGACGACUGCUCGGCUGCCAACAGGACAGAGUUGGAGAGUCUCAGACUCUACACUGUGCCUUACUACCUGUACUGCUGCCUGCUGGCCAUGCUGGGAGUCGUCAUCUUCAUCAGGAUGUGUUUCUUGAUGAAGACGCUGCUGCUCACCCUGGCCGUCGUGGUUUACCUGGCCCUCUUCCUCCACAUUUACGCCCCGAGGUGCAAUUGCCUCGUCAAGCUGCUUUGCAACAACAGCAUGUGUAACGUGGUGAAAGACCCUCGCAUCAUGUCUGGAGUCUGGCUCGUCAUCUUCUACAUCGCGUGUCUCAUACUGGCCAGACAGGACGAGCUUGGUUGCCGUGUCGACUUCCUGUUGGAGCAUUGUUUCCAGACAGAAAGAGAGGAGAUGGAGACCAUGGAGAACGUCAACAAGCUUCUCCUCCAGAACGUCCUGCCGCUCCACGUCGCCUCCUCCUUCAUGGGCAAAAGUGUCCGCAACCAGGACCUGUACAGCCAGUCCUACGAAUGCGUGUGCGUGAUGUUUGCCUCGGUGCCUCAGUUCAAAGAGUUUUACAGCGAGAGCAGCGCCAACAGGGACGGGCUGGAGUGUCUGCGAUUCCUCAACGAGAUCAUAUCGGACUUUGAUGAGCUUUUAUCCAAACCCAAAUUCUGUUCAGUGGAGAAGAUUAAGACCAUCGGGAGCACGUACAUGGCAGCUGCAGGACUCACAAACUCGGGGGAGGAACAAAAGAAGUGCGACAUGUCCUACGGUCAUGUGAGGGCCAUGGUGGAGUUCGCCAUCUCUCUCAUGGCCAAACUGGAGCUCAUCAACACACACUCCUUCAACAGCUUCAAGCUCAGGAUCGGAAUAAAUCACGGUCCGGUGAUCGCAGGAGUUAUCGGAGCUCAUAAACCUCAGUAUGACAUCUGGGGGAACUCCGUUAACGUGGCCAGCAGGAUGGAUAGCACAGGAGUACUGGACAAGAUACAGGUGACGGAUGAGACGGCCCAGGUCCUCCAGAGCGUGGGCUACAGCGUCAACCUCCGAGGAGUCGUCAACGUCAAGGGCAAAGGAGAGCUCACCACUUAUUUUGUGAACACGGACCAGUCGUCUCCUCAGUUCUGA